GAAUUUCACAAUAGAAUUCCGACAACUGGACCAAGCACUCACACUAUCUUCCCUAAUCAGGGUGAAUUUAAGUGUGUUAUAAUCAUAUGGAUCAAACACAAGUGGACACGAGAGUUCGUUCAUCGGGUUCAGAGGAAUCCGCAUUGGAUUUGGAGAAGACUUGUUAUAAUAGCCAGUCUAACCAGCCGUCGCUUAGUCAGCCGACGCUUCAACCUUAUGCGUCGGGUGGACAGCAUUCCGAGAGCAACGCUGCGUACUUUUCUUGGCCUACGUCGAGUAGGUUAAGUGAUGCCGCUGAAGAGAGGACGAAUUAUUUUAUAAAUUUGCAGAAGGGGGUAUUACCUGAAUGUAUAGGUACGUUACCUAAAGGGCAUCAAGCAACGACUUUGCUUGAGUUGAUGACUAUCCGGGCGUCUCAUAGUAAGAUCUUGAGGUGUUGUAGUCUUGGUACUGCAAUUGGGUUUAGGAUUCGUAAAGGCGUGUUGACAGAUAUACCGGCAAUUCUAGUGUUUGUUUCACGGAAGGUUCAUAAGCAAUGGCUUACCCCUAUUCAGUGUCUGCCAACUAUACUGGAGGGACCAGGGAGUGUGUGGUGUGAUGUGGAUGUUGUCGAAUUUUCAUACUUUGGUACACCCGAACGAACGAGCAAGGAACAGUUGUACACCGAAAUUGUGGAUGACCUCCGUGGAAGUGGCUCAUGUAUAGGUUCAGGCUCUCAGGUAGCAAGUCAAGAGACAUAUGGGACAUUGGGGGCUAUUGUGAGAAGCCAAACAGGCAACCGGCAAGUUGGUUUUCUCACAAACCGCCAUGUUGCUGUUAAUCUAGAUUAUCCAAAUCAGAAGAUGUUUCAUCCUUUACCACCAACACUUGGACCUGGUAUAUAUCUUGGUGCAGUGGAGAGAGCUACUUCAUUUAUCCCAGACGACCUAUGGUAUGGCAUCUUUGCGGGCGUUAACCCAGAGACAUUUGUGAGAGCCGAUGGGGCAUUCAUCCCCUUCAGUGAAGAUUUUGACUUAGAUACUGUUACCACAUCUGUAAAAGAUGUUGGAGAGAUUGGAGAUGUGAAAAUUAUUGAUUUGCAAUCUCCGAUCAACAGUAUUAUUGGUAAGAAAGUGAUGAAAGUUGGAAGGAGUUCUGGGUUGACUAAAGGGACAGUCUUGGCUUAUGCUCUUGAAUAUAAUGAUGAAAAAGGGAUUUGCUUCUUUACUGAUUUUCUUGUUGUUGGAGAGAACCAACAAACGUUUGACCUAGAAGGUGAUAGUGGAAGUCUCAUUGUCUUGAAAGCUGAAAACGAGGAGAAACCAAGACCCAUUGGGAUCAUAUGGGGUGGAACCGCCAAUAGGGGUCGACUUAAACUUAAAGUUGGUCAACCUCCAGAGAAUUGGACUAGUGGUGUUGAUCUUGGACGUCUACUCAAUCUUCUUGAACUUGAUCUUAUAACCACUUCUGAUGCCCUAAAUGAUGCGGUACAAGAACAAUUAGCUGCAUCAGGAACAGUUGUGGGUUCGACAGGUGAGAAUUUAUCACCCCCAGAAAUAGUUCUUCCCAAAGAUAAAGCAGAGCCAUUGGGACUUAACAUCCAACAGCAUAUCCCUUCGGAAGAUGGGCCAGGAACAGGUGUUGGUGGUCCGGAUAUCAAUUUGUCCCCUACAGAAAAUGCAGCCAAUUUGGAAGAUGGGGCUAAUUUGGGCCCAAGUAUUGAACAUCAAUUCAUUCCAAGCUUCAAUGGGCAUUCACCACUGCACAGAAAUGAGCGGCGGUGCAGGGCGGAGUCUGAGAAUUUAAGUGCUUUGAAAAGUGCGACGGGUGAGGAUCUUAGUUUUGGACUGCAUUUGGGGGACAAUGAGCCCAAGAGAAGGCGGUCUGAUCCUUCAUCACCAAGUAUGGAUGAAGAAACUAAAUGAGGUUAUGUCGUAAGCCAGUGUACAAACCUUUGCAGGUGCGUAUGUAAAUUAUGGUUUAUAAACCUUUCAUGUGUUGGACUGGUUAAAGAUGACGAUGUAUUUUGUUGUAUGCAAAGCUUUAAGCUGUGCGUUAUUACAA